AUGGACAUCACGGAAACGCAAUGUGGCAUGUACACGGUUAGAGAGCCAGGUGCAUUCUGGGUAGAGCCAGGGAUUGGCCAAUUGUCCCCGAGAAGAAGGACUCGGACACGCCUCUUCUCCAACAGCAGCUUAGAGCUGGAAGAGGAAGAGGAUGAGGAAGAAGAGGGAGAAGAAGAGGAAGAGGAGGAGGGAGGAGGAGAGGCAGGGGGUAGUGGUGUGAUAGGGUUGGUGACUCAGACUCUGACUACGGCUGUGCCCUUGUCCCCUGCUCCAGCAGCGAUGGAUAGGAGGAUGACUAAAAGAGAGAGGAACAGGGUGAAGAGUCUGAGGAAGAGGCAGAGGAGGAGAGAGAGAUGGAGACAGAGCCAGCUGCUGGAGAAUAGACAGAGUUCGACGGGGAACGCAUCGAGCAGCAGUGAGGAGGAGGAGGAGGAUGUGAGUGCCGGGGACAGAGAGGGCUUCAUCUGUGCUGUGUGUCUGGAUGUUUACUUCAGCCCCUACAUGUGCCACCCCUGUAACCACAUCUUCUGUGAGCCCUGCCUCCGUACCCUGGCUAAGAACAGCCCAACCAACACCCCUUGCCCACUCUGCAGGACCACCAUCACUCACGUCUUCUUCCAGACGGAGUUGAACCACACAGCACGGACGUUCUUCCCAAAGGAAUACUUUUCCCGGAAACAGACUUUCCAGAAGGCAAGCUGUGCAAAAUGGCCGCUCCCAAGCUGCAGGAAACUUUUCCGUAUUUUUGGAGGUUUCCAGAGACAAGCUAGUCCAAUAGCCAGGCGUCAGUUUCCCCACGGGGGGUACCGUCUAGACGCCAUGGACUUUGAGGACAAUUCUCGUGGCUGGCGCUUUGACAUUGACAUGGUCAUUAUCUAUAUCUAUUCUGUCAACUGGGUCAUCGGCUUCAUCAUCUUCUGCUUUCUCUGCUACUUCUUUUUCCCUUCUUUCUAA